CGGUGGUUUGGGGGAGAACGAACGAAUCGCCCGUAACAACAAGGGGGGAGAAACAAACCAAACCAAACCAAACCAAACCCAGUGCAAACCAAAAGAUACCGUUAAGUACCAGGUACAGGUACCCAGUACCUACAAGCGAAAGGAUGCGAACAAAAAAACAAAACCACCACCACCGACGAAGAAUCCCGGCCGGCAGAGGAAGCCAAAACGGCAACGSUACGUAUCCGUUCGGGCGGGGAUCCUUUGUUGUCGAUCGAUGGUGGUAAUUGCUUGGUAUCGUGGAUGUAUCGUGGAUGGUACGGUGGGUGCCUUGGCUAUGGCGAAACAACAAAAGAACAAACGAAGGAAGGAACGAAUCCAUCCAUGCCUCCAUCCAUGCCUCCAUCCAUGCCUCCAUCCAUUCCACACGGAUUGCGGCCCGCUUUGUUUGUUCGGGGAUGCCGCCCGGGAUCCGCUCCAUGGGUGCGACGGAUCGGCUUUGUGGCGCUGCACCGAGACUCGCUUGGAACAUCCGGGGAGAACGGAACGAGACACAUACCGAGGCGAGGCGAGGCGAGGCAAGGCGAAACAAAGAACCAAAGGCAAGGCAAGGCAGUCCCGCUCGGCCGGGCGGCACGGGCCACAAGCAACAAUCCACCGUGCACCGGUUUGCCUUGCGCCGUCCCACGGAGGACGGCCGGGGGAAGAGGACGGAACGACGGGGUGUGCUGCUUGCACGAGGAUUUCGGUUUGUGCGGUGCGGUGCGGUGCGAUGCAGCGAUUGGUUUGUUUCGUUUCGUUGUGCAAACACCGCGGCGCAGACGGAUUCGAAACCAACCGGGUGGAAGGAGGAUCUGUUCCAUCCGAAAAGCGAAAAAAUACUAGGGGUACUAUACUAUACUAUUAGUAUUAUACA